AUGUUUGACAUGCUGGACGCCACGGUGUCACGGGACAGUGAUCUGCGCUUGGCGGUGGAGCGUGACCUCAUCAGCCGGUGCGCCCUGAAUGUCGUCACCUGUGAAGGACACGACUGGGUGGAGCGCCCAGAGACGUAUAGGCAGUGGCAGGCAAGGAACCGCAAGGCAGGGCUGAGGCAGCUGCCGUUUUUUCCAAAUGCUGAGAAGAUCCUGAGCGAGAAGAUGAGGAACGAGUACCACAAGGACUUUGUCAUUGACGUCGAAAACGAUUGGCUUCUACAAGGCUGGAAGGGCCGCAUACUUUACGCCAUGUCUACGUGGGCUGCAGAUGACACCAUCUCAGAAUUGUCGUAG